ACAACUCCAACUUGUAAGGUACUUUCUAACUAAUAAAUCAAGAUAGGAAGCCACCUCAGUCAUUUCCUUAAUUAUAUAAGAGACUUUCUUGGCCCCAAGAUGUCAUCUUGCUCAAAGUAAUACAUUCUGUGAGUGCUUUUCUUAGGCUUUUAAGUAGCUAAAAUGACUCUGCUAUGAAUAUUUUAGGCUGAGUUUUUACAUUUGUGUUAUAAGGUAUUAUUAGUGCAAACUUAACUGUCUGUCCUUGAGACAGCGAGCCGCAAAUAACUGACUGUACAGAAUCUUAGCUCUACCCAAGAUACAUGAGGCUCACCACUCCGGGGCUGCAAAGAGGCCCUUUGGGUUUGUAUUUACAAGAUAGUGUCAGUUGGUUAUAUCCAAUGUCAGUGGCUGUCGGUAAGUCAGUAGCUCUGCAUCUAGCUGGCAGUGUAGUGCUGCUGUUCUUGUGGGAUUUGUCUGAGAGGAAUCCUGAACUUACAACAGAAAGAAAAGAUCAAAGGAUUUUCAGCCUUGAAGAAGAGGAGAGUCAAAGGAUUUCGGGUUAAAUAUAGACAAGAGUUGUUGGAGAAGCGUUUGAUGGAGAGAAAAAAAAUGGCCCUUCAAGAAGUCCAGGAAGAAGAGGAGAGAGAGAGGCGGCUGGAAGUCCUACGAAAGAAGGUUGCUGUUGCUGUCCAGUCUGAUCCAGUUAGAAUGAUGUCAGAGACACUGGCCUGGAAAGCUAGGACAGGCACUGAAAGUGAGGAAGAAUUCAUCCUUCAAAAGCCGCUCUUCACACUGACUACAUACAGUGAGCAACAGAUAAUUUCCGAUCCUCGACUUCGAUUUGAGUUAGCACUCCGCGAAGCUGGACUCCAUAAAACACAGUAUGCCAAAGAGAUGUUACCAACAAUUGGUCCUCAGAAGCCUCCAAGGAAGGACACAGAGUCGACCGUGUUCAAGGUCUAGAGGGUGCAUGAGAAUGAACACUGUGUGAGCAUGGAUAAUGAUGAGCACUGCUUCUAAAUGCUUAAAAAAGCACCCGCCCACAGAAAUCACAGCAUUUAUUAAACAAUGUUCCCUUUUUAUCUUCAAAGUUUUGUUCGCCAUUGCUUUUUCUUUAAAUCACAUGUAUUAUUACCAAAUUUACCAAAAUUAUGAGAUUUCGAUAUAUAUGUUGUCAUUUGGCAGGCUGUUAUUUUUUUUUUUCCUAUAAAAAGGAGCUGAAAAUAACCAUUUUCAAGAGUUGUCUCCUCCACAGGUACAUGAAUUUCAGCUUGUUACCUCAGUAUUUGAUUUUUAAUUAUGGAAGCAUCAUUAUCAUUAACACUUCUAUUGUUUAUUGGUUAUUCUAAGAGGAGAUUCAACCUUUCUCUAAAUUUAGAAAUCAGUUUGGUACAUCAUGAUUAUCGCAAACCAAUUACCUGAACAAUCUCAGUUUGCAACUCUGGCCUUAAAAGAAAUUAGACAUAGCGUCACCAUCACGGGAAUACCUGGGUUUUGUUUGUUUGUUUGUUUUUUACUGAGAAGAUAUGGCAGUGUGGUUGUUUAGAAGGAAAAACUGAAAUUUUAUGAUACUUGAAAUGUUAUUAAAAGUUCCUAAUUAUCUCAGAAAUACCUAGAUGAAUUUCUUGAAAAGGAGUAUCUCAAAUAAAGCUUGCUUAUAAAUUUUUGGCUAUCUCCAAAAGGAAGCAAGAAAAAAUUUCAGUAAGAAAAUAUGUUCUUAAAACUUCUAGGUGGCUAAUCACAAUAAGGAGACUGAUGGCUUUUUUUUUCUUUAUUUUUUCUUUGCUGCCAUUUCCUGUAUUUCCUGUCCACACUGAGACCCCCAGAGGUGUCUAGGUAGUUCUGAGAAUGCUCUGAAAACCACAAAACCCAGGGCUGAGGAUGGAGCUCAGCUAGGACACUUACCUAGAAAGCCCAAUGCCCUGACUCUCAUCCCCAGCGUCCUAUAAGCUGGAUGUGGUGGGGCACACUUACAAGUCUAGCACUUGGGAGAUGGGAAGCAAGAGCAUCAGAGGUCAAGGUCAUCCUUGGCUAUCUAGUCAGUUUACAGCCAGUCUGCAAUAUAGGAGACCCUGCUGAACAAAAGAGAGAAAGAUAGGAGAGAACAGACAAGGAGAGAUGAAGGGAGUGGGAAGAUAUACAAGGACAUCACAGAAAACAGGCUGAGUGGGGCUUGCCAGGACCUCCCGCAGCAUGACAAGUGUAAAUCAAAUCAGCCCAGGCUGUAGAAUACACUGGCUUCUAUAUAAGAGUUCUACGGAGUGGGUGGGUGGAGAUCUUAUCCACAUCCCAGGAUUCCUCCCAUUGCUUUUCUACUCCAGCUCUUUACAGCACUAUAGUGUCUCAUCAAAGAAUGGAGAAGUCUUUAAGAAGAGGUGGAGAGUGGUGGGCAUGGAUUUGUUUUGGGGUUCUUUCUAGAGGUCAAAGUGUUAUUUUAUAGGGCCCUGACCAUAAACCCAUGGAAAACUGCUGUGACAAAAAUCUUCGCGUGCAAGCAGCACGAUAUGGAUGCUGCUGACCCUGUGGAUCCUUACUGUCCUGGAUGUCCACACCAAAGUCAUGGGAUUGCAUUCAAAACUACUGACACAUUUGCUCUUUUAAACUCUCUUAAGAGCUAAAGAUUUGGGCUGGAGAGAUGGAUGUCUCAGCAGUUACGAGCACUGGCUGCUCUUCCAGAGGUCCUGAGUUCAAUUCCCAGCAUCCACAUGGUGGCUCACAACCAUCUGUAAUGGGGAUCCGAUGCCCUCUUCUGGUGUGUCUGAAGACAGCGACAGUGUACUCACAUAAAAAUAAAUAAAUAAAUA